AUGUCUCCGACAAAGUUUAAAUGGUCUCAAGCCAAGUCGCCGGAGCUUGAGCCGGCCUCCUCACAAUCCUCCUCCUUCCGGAUCUCCCCGAUAUCCCCAAUUCACCUCCUGAAUCAUCUUCCCCAUCUCUCGCCCACACGAUCCGCCGGCUCAGUAAAUACAGAACCACCACUGCUCCCGUGGCAGUCACAAUUGCACCCGCCGCCAUUCCAAUCCUCCUCUUUAUCGAAACGAACCAAUUUCACUCCUUCACGGAAUCUAGAAACGCAACAUGACGAUUCAGGGAAUCUAUCUCUCGCUGAAACGAAACGCGAUAACGAAGACUCUCCACAAACUUUGAAACCGUUCAACAGAAAUCCGUUGCAGUAUAUGGAUCGAAGCUCCGAUUUAUCCAAAAUCCAACCGAUGAGAAUGAAAAUUCCGACUGUGGAUGAAAAGUUACCAUGCACAGAGGAGAAACGAUUGUUGGAAGAGAUUCUUCGCCGACUCUCAUCACCGCACAGUGAUUACGAAAGCCCGACCACCGAACUGAUGAAAAACGGACGGAAAUUGGGUUCGAAAUCGAUGAAAGGUUUGAAGCACCAUCGAGUAGCCAAAUCGUCAGUGAAGAGCAACGGAGAAGAGAGAGGUAGGAGAGAGAAGAAAAAGAGAAAAAUGACGCUGAAAGAAAAUCGAUUUUUUCCUUUUCAUUAA